UCAUCCACACAUGGCUCUGAGCCACAUCGCCAGACACUGUCAUGCUGCCCUCUCUGACCAAGUCCACACUUACUUCAAUACCACUGUUCUAAUUCCAGAUGUUGGUGUGGGUGGAAGAUAAAGAACACUCUCUGGAGCAGUUUAGUGCCCCAUGUUUGCACAGGAUCAUCUGCCCAGAUGACUCAUUCGUGUGACGUGUGUGGCCCCAUUUCAAGAGGUACUUUCCCCCUGGAUGAAUAUCAGGACACCCACAGGGUUCUGGGAUCUGGAACAUGGGGAACGUGGGGUUUGUGGGAGCCAAACCGGAUACAAUGAAAACUUUGAUCCAUACUUGAAGUCGUGCAAAGCAGAGAAAUGCUUAAGAAGAAAGAAAACAUCUCUCUUCUGAGUUGCUGUAGAGUUUGUGAAGAGCCUCAACUGUCAGAGAGACCUUCCAUAGGUGAGGCUUCCACAGUAUGCGUCACCAGCAAAAGGCCUGCCACGGCCAGAGGAAGGCCCAGAACAGUAAAAGUGGCGAGACCUGUCACACUGGAGAAAUGCAUUACAGGUGUACUGAGUGUGGGAAGGCCUUUAGCCGCAAAGACACGCUGGUCCAGCACCAGAGGACCCACACCGGGGAACGGCCUUACGAGUGCAGUGAGUGUGGGAAGGCCUUCAGCCGCAAAGCCACUCUGGUUCAGCACCAGAGAAUCCACACUGGAGAACGGCCAUAUGAGUGCAGCGAGUGUGGGAAAACUUUUAGUCGCAAAGACAACCUGACUCAGCACAAAAGAAUUCAUACUGGAGAAAUGCCUUAUAAGUGUGGUGAAUGUGGUAAGUUCUUCAGCCAUCACUCCAACCUUACUGUACACCAGAGAGUCCACAGUGGAGCAAGGCCUUAUAUGUGCAAUGAUUGUGGAAAAGUCUUCAGACACAAGUCCACACUUGUUCAGCAUGAAAGUAUCCACACUGGAGAAAAUCCUUAUGUUUGCAGUGACUGUGGGAAAUGCUUUGGUCACAAAUAUAGCCUCUUUAAGCACCAGAGAAUUCACACUGAAGCAAGGCCUUUUGAGUGUAUGGAGUGUGGGAAAUUCUUUAGUCGGAGUUCUGACUUUAUUGUACAUCAGAGAGUUCAUACUGGUGAAAGGCCUUUUGUGUGCAGCAAAUGUGGGAAAGAUUUCAUCAGAACCUCUCACCUUGUUCGGCACCAGAAGGUUCACACUGGAGAAAGGGCUUAUGAGUGCAGUGAGUGUGGGAAAUGCUACAGCCUCAACUCACAUCUCAUUAGGCAUCAGAAGGUUCACACUGCAGGUCAGCUAUAGGGGCAUGUUGCUAUUGCUGUCUCACAGGGACAUAAGUCCUGUGCUAACUUGGGUCUGAACAGUAACCUUGGGAGAUGGCUUUUGAAGGGCAGGGUAAAGAAGUUUUCAGAUUGUAUGGUCCACUUUGAAACCUGCUUAAGGUUUAUUGGUGGAUGUGCUUUGUGAAAGCCUGUGGUUGAAACUCACAAAAGUUUUCUGUCUCAUUCACCCUGAUAUGCUCAAAGGAAGUUCAAAGUGAGCUCCUUGUUCUCUCUAAAAAGGUUUAUUUUUUAAACCUUCUAAAGAUCAUUGUUCUUCUCAUAAGAAACUGGCAGAGAUUUACAGCCUCCGAGAAACCCAACUUGAAGAAUUCUUUGCCUUGUGUUACUCUGGUUUGUGGAUA